GUUUUAGCAUAUAAUUAUGUUGAUUCGCUGUUCGUCGGCUAAGCCCUCACACGUAGAGCGGGACGAGGUCAAAAGUCAAUGGUAUAUAAGAAAAAAGUUCGCUCAUCUUUAAAUAAAACUUUUUUCCAAGAUAUGCACGCCUAUGUUACCUUUUUCGAUAAACAGUCUGAGAAAUUCAGCAAGCAAACUUGAUUUUAAACAUACCUCACCAUAAUAUCUAUUAACAGAACUCUGAAUACCAAAACAACUCAGCUACUCACAUAUGUCAAUAAUUAUUAUGUGAAAAUUAACAACGUUAUUGUUUAAUACCACGAAGAUAUCGCAAAUUGAAUAGGUCAACUUAUUUUUUAAUAAAACAACACGACGUCAUUGUCCAAUAUAAACUGGUCUUCCCCUCCCCGAGUUUUGUUUUAGUUAUUACGGUGAGGGGGGAGGUGGUGUUGCAAGUAAAAGUUCUAAAGAUACUGGUCGUCGUAUGACAACGCAACGUCUUGGAGCCGGUCAGGUGAACUGCACGCCAGUUGACAUCAGUCCGCGAAAACAGGUGUACGUGCCGGCACUAUAAUCGAUAUCGGUGUUUCGCUUAAACCGCAUGCCUACGUCACGGCAACACAUAAAUAGUGUCGCGAUUCGAUAUGUAAUUAUUGAAUGACCACCACCCGUAGUGGCAGGAUUCCUUUAAAAUAAUGUUUUAAGUGUCACAAGUGAACAACGAUGGCCUGGACACUACAUUUACUCGUCGGAAUAACUGUUAUAGCGACAUCAGCAUACAAAUGCAAGCACGCCGCAUACAGCGCAGAUGCAGAUCCGCUCUUCCGUUACGACUUCGGCAAUGUUGUAAGACGGGGCUACAGACCAGACGUAAUGACCCAAGUUUACAUGCCACGACGAGACUUCCCUGUGCAGAAUAACAGAGAUAUGGCUGAAGAAAUGGCACAGCUAAUAGCGCAUCUUCCUCUGCGACGGGCCGAUGACGCCAAAGUUUUAAACAGACGAGUUAACCUCAACGACAACUCCCAGAUCGUCUUCCCUGGGCGUCGUUCUGGACAAGCGGAUGAUAGUGGAGAACUAAUGAUUCCACCGAGAUGCCACCAAAUUGGCAUCUGUGACGAUGUCGGUAACUACCCAACCGAUGAAGUUAACGACGUCAUUUCUAAGAUUGAAAAUCGAGAUGUCUUCCAAAAUGAUAAAUUGGACUUGCCAGACGUGCCAGACAUCACUCAAAGAUUGGGUCCUCAAGAGGAAAAUAUAGAGCUGUGCAAUGUUAAUAAAACUGUGGUGUACCCUAAAGCUGCAAUGGACUCUAAAGGCAAUUGGCGUGUGGUACUCAACAGCGAUGAUAAUCCCUUGCAAGGUUUCAGCGUGGAAAUUUGCCAGCCUGAUUUGGGACCCUGUUCAGAUAUCGCCAUAAUCCAACCAGCGUACGAGGCUCGUUGCGUGCAAAAGUUCCAUUACCGCAAAAUGGCCAUCCUGCACGAAGGAAAGAUGUUGGAGGAAUCGUUAAAAGUGCCCAGUUGUUGUUCUUGUCUUGCAAAAUCUGUAAUACGUUAAUCUACAAAACCAUUUUUUCACAAGUGUAUAGUGUGAUUCAUUAUAUUGAUUGUAUACACGAAAAUUAAAUAUUCUCUGUGGCCAAACGUUAGAAUUAAAUACCAUGAACUCAAGAAAAUUGUUUUUGCAUGCUACAUACAUAAUUGUGCGUACAGAAGGUUAGCAAAGUGCUGGUAAAAAUAAGUUACUAAUUAACCUCUAAAAAUGUAACUUUAAAGUUAUACCUAAUCUGCCAUGUGAGUGUUGCCAAACACGGGGUUGACUGUACGUCACUUACACAUGAGUUCAUAACAAUUUUAUCGUAUAAUUUGAAUAUAAUUCGCAUGACAAAAUUCUU